UACAAAGUUGUCUCCCAUGUAUAUGACAGGUGGGAUUAUUCAAAAGUCCGACAAUGGACUGGAAAGUAAACUUGUUUGUUUGUUUGUGUGUUAGUUUAUUUAAUUGUUAUAUUUGUGAUGACCCCACAGCUACAGAUACCGUUUAUGAAGUUUUACAAAGGACGCAAGGAUUAUCAAAGUUUGAGUCUCUUGUAAGGAAGGCCCAGCUAGUGGAAUUCUUUCAGUAUCCCAGGACGUACACAAUAUUUGCUCCCAAUGACACAGCCUACGAGAAUCUUACACCAGACAGGAAGCUCAUUGUGGAUACCAUGGUCGGCAUUGACCUUCAAAACUUUGUCAAAUUUCAUGUCAUUGAAGGACAAAGGUUGAUGACAGGAGAUUUCCAAGACAAUUCUGUGAGAAGGAGUAUGUCUUCAAGUAAACUGUAUAUAAAUAGAAGAGAAGGCAGUGCAAUAUCUGGUUGGUUUGGACCAACAACAUUCUUUGUGAAUGGAGCCAUUGUAUCACCAGAGCAGAAAGAUUUGGUCGGUGUAAAUGGUGUGGUCCAUGGACUUAUGAUAUGGAUUGACAAGACAAGUCUUAAGACAUCUUAUGAAUAUACACAGACUCCAGACAAUCCAGAAGUCAAUUCUACGAAGUUUUAUUCUGAGAUUUUGAAUAAGUUAUCUAUAUCAGGCCAGUUCUACGAUCCAAUCAAAGAUCUCCAGAAUUACGACGGUAGAUUUACCCUCUUUGUACCCAAUGAUGCUGCUAUAGAUAGAAUUGAUUCAUCUAAACUAAGAGACUUACAACAAGAUGUACAGAAAUUACAUGAGGUUGUCAGAGCACAUUACAUAAAGAAUGCAGCCCUGUUUACAACAUAUGUGAAUCACAAUCAGGGAUUCCUAAACGCCAACCAAAGAGCGCUGUCAAUAAGGAAACCAUAUCCAUAUAACGUUUAUGUCAACAGUGGUGGAGUCACGUCAGCGAUUACAUUGGGAAAUAUAACCGUCAACAAUGGAGUCAUCCAUGUGUGUGAUCGCUUGCUGGGUUUCAUCUAUAACACAGUACGACAGCAGAUAUCAGAAGACUCACCAUUAUUUGACCAGUUAAUUAACAGAGCUUCAGAAGAGAUAAGGAAUACCCUUACUACACAGACUGGAGUUAAUGUAUUUGCUCCUACAGCAGAGGCCUUUGAAAAAAUCAAGAGAGUUCCCUGGGUGUCACUUAACUUUGAUACAAAGCUGAUUGACAAGGUGUUGAAGCUCCACAUUUUACAGCCAGGUCAACAGGUACAGGUGUCAAACAUGGUUGGAGAAUACGAAAGUAGACAGUUCAGAACUAGUCUAUAUAUAGAAGGAACAAAUCCAAAGAUAACUAUUUAUAGACAGAGGAAUGAAACGUGGGUUCAAGGUGACACAGUGAUAGCCAAGGUUACACAGGCUGAUAUAGAGUGUACCAAUGGCAGGAUACAGUUCAUAGAUACAAUAAUGGGUGUACCUUACCUUGACCUGGCUAACCUUAUAUGUAGUGAUCUCUGGUUGUUGAGGACAUAUGAUUACAUGAGAGCCCUUGGUAUGAAAAACUACUUGACUGAUAGAAGAUUCUAUAGUCAGAAGUGUACAUUUGAGUCACAAGGUUAUCCACCAAAUUAUGGUAUCAACAAUUAUUUCAACAAAGUGGGACUGGCAACCAUUCCACCGUGGACACAGGAUCCACCUUGGGACAUGGGCUACUGUGGAACAGCAACGACACCAUGUCAACUGACAUUCUUUGCUCCAAACUCCACAGCUAUAGAUUAUUUCUCAAAUACAAACUAUGGUGAAAAGAUCAUGAAAAAUGCUUAUGCUUUUCAAAGGAUAUUAACAAGACUGAUGUUUCGACAAAAGAUAGAAUUAGAGACGCUAGCAAAUACCAACUAUAAUUACUAUAAUAUACAUGGUGAAUCAAUUCGUAUCUCAAAAUCUAAUGAUAGAUUUGUUACCCUGUAUUACCAGGCAGCAGCAGCUAGAGUGAUCCACAUGGACAACGGUGCUACUAAUGGCAUCGUCCAUAUUAUAGACACUAUACUGUAUGUACCAGACGACCUCAGUCUACUGUCCUCUGGGGCUACCCAUGUUUACUACAGUCCAAUUAUGUUACUUGUUCUACUGUUUUUAUGGACGACAUUCCAUUUCAGAAGAUAGUUGUAUUUGAUGCUGGGACUACAGUCCAAUACUGUCUUUAGUUGUACUUUUUAUGGACUACAGUCCAUUAAUGUCUUUAGUUGUACUGUUUAAGGACUACAGUCCAUUACUGUCUUUAGUUGUACUGUUUUUAUGGACUACAGUCCAUUAAUGUCUUUAUUUGUACUGUUUAAGGACUACAGUCCAUUACUGUCUUUAGUUGUACUGUUUUUAUGGACUACAGUCCAUUAAUGUCUUUAUUUGUACUGUUUAAGGACUACAGUCCAUUACUGUCUUUAGUUGUACUGUUUUUAUGGGCUACAGUCCAUUAAUGUCUUUAGUUGUACUGUUUAAGGACUACAGUCCAUUAAUGUCUUUAGUUGUACUGUUUAAGGACUACAGUCCAUUACUGUCUUUAGUUGUACUGUUUUUAUGGGCUACAGUCCAUUAAUGUCUUUAGUUGUACUGUUUAAGGACUACAGUCCAUUAAUGUCUUUAGUUGUACUGUUUAAGGACUACAGUCCAUUAAUGUCUUUAGUUGUACUGUUUAAGGACUACAGUCCAAUACUGUCUUUAGUUGUACUUUUUAUGGACUACAGUCCAUUAAUGUCUUUAGUUGUACUGUUUAAGGACUACAGUCAAUUACUGUCUUUAGUUGUACUGUUUUUAUGGGCUACAUUCCAUUAAUGUCUUUAGUUGUACUGUUUAAGGACUACAGUCCAUUACUGUCUUUAGUUGUACUGUUUAAGGACUACAGUCCAUUACUGUCUUUAGUUGUACUGUUUUUAUGGGCUACAUUCCAUUACUGUCUUUAGUUGUACUGUUUUUAUGGGCUACAUUCCAUUAAUGUCUUUAGUUGUACUGUUUUUAUGGGCUACAUUCCAUUACUGUCUUUAGUUGUGCUGUUUAAGGACUACAGUCCAUUACUGUCUUUAGUUGUACUGUUUUUAUGGGCUACAUUCCAUUACUGUCUUUAGUUGUGCUGUUUAAGGACUACAGUCCAUUACUGUCUUUAGUUGUACUGUUUUUAUGGGCUACAUUCAAUUACUGUCUUUAGUUGUACUGUUUUUAUGGGCUACAUUCCAUUACUGUCUUUAGUUGUACUGUUUUUAUGGGCUACAUUCCACUCCUGAAGAUAGAUGUACUUUUUGUGUGGACUAUAAGCCAUUCCAGUUGCUAGUUUAAAUUUUUGUGUGGACUAAAGUCCAAUCCUUUCGAUAAAUGUAUUUUGUUUGUGGAUAUUCAUUUUGUUAGGCUUACAGAGAACUCAUCAUAUUAGAUGAUCUACUUUUGUGAACAAAAGUCUGUUCUUGUGGUUUUUUAUAUUGACUUGAAACCAUUCCGCUAAAACUUUACUGUUUAAUUAAGAUUUUUUGCAAUAUAUUAUUGUGAAAAUUGUGAUAUAAUAGGUGUGUGGCAAAAAUAACUUGCAUUUUAUACCGCAGUUCUUAAAUUUGCAUUAAGUAAUUCUGCACUUGUAAUUGCUUGCAAAUAUUUCUGAAUUUACACAACUAGUUAAUAUUUACAUGCAGUUGUUAUUAGAUAAAAGCUGUGUUGAAUACAACCAUAAUACACUGUUUAAAACUAAGAAGUUAAGGUGGUACCCAACACUUUCACUAAAAUUAAUUUGGCUCGUUUAAUAUUCAUAAAAUUUUUACAAAGUAUUUACUUUGACCCUUUGACAAAAAUAUUAAAAUUUAAAAAAAGUUGAACCAAGCAUUUCAUCAGGAAAAUUACACUGGUUAUAUAACAGUUUGACAUUAAUUUUGAUCAUUGAGAAGCUUAAUAUUCCCUUAAAAACACAAUGUCAUUAAAACGUUUAGGUGAUUUUACAGAGUUAUCUCCUUGUAGUGUUAGGUACCACCUUAAAUGUGCAAUACAUCACUCUAAUCAUGUUUAUGUUGUCUUCCUCAGAGCUUUGUAUAUUAAAUUGUUACAAAAAUAUAUGAUACCAAAGUGUACAUAUUGAAGUUGAGCCAUAUUCUGUGUAUAAAUACUUUAAUAUCUUUAUUUCAUGUAAAUAUGUAGGAUCAAGCAGGAUUUGUCUAUAAAAUUUACUUGUUGUAAAUGGUUUUGAAGGGAAAAUAUUUGCUGUGGUAGUACAUCUUAAUGAUAAUAUGUCGGGGGAAAUGGAUUUUAUUGAUAAUUGUUUGGCUUUUUAAUGGAUGUGAAAAUAUUCAUAAAAUAAUUUUUGAAAUUAAUUAUAUAUUCUAGAUUUUUUGGUCUGAUAUUUAGACUUGUAGUACAAUAAUUGAUUACAAAUUUUUUAACCAAAUGACUCAUGUAAAAUUUGAAAGUUUUAUGACUAUUCACAUGCAGUGUGCCAUAUCAAAACUGUGAUUGUUAAUGUUUAUAUGAUGAUUUUCAUGUUGGCUUAUUUCAUGAUUCAACUUGUUUUACUGUUUGAAAUAUUUUUGUUGAAAGUCAAUUUUUGUUUUUUGAACUAAAGCAGUACAAAUAAGUUGCGUCUCCAUUUUGGUAAUGCAUUUAUUUUUUUCCAUUGCUUGUUAUGAUGGUUAUAGUGAGCAAUUUAAAAUUGUGUUUUUGAAUUGAUUGGUUCAAAGUAGAAAAAUCCAUACCAUUUUCAAAUAUUUGCAUGAAAAGCAUUAAAAACAACUUAAAAUUAAGUCUGGACAUUAAGCCAUUAAAGAAAUUAUUAUUUAUAUACAAAACAUAAUAUACAUUGAUACUUGUUUGUAAAUAUAAAUGUAAAUAUUGUGUACAUAAGAUUACUGGAAUAUAUACAUGUUCCAGACCGUAUGAGUAUUUGGACCGUACGCGUACGGGACUGAUUUUAAGUAGAUCAAGUUCCUUAGAAACGAAUGUAUAUUACAGGUCAACAUAACUGAAAUCUCGAAUUAAUAUAAAAUCUGAAAUAGUAAUUGGAAUAAAAACAUAAUAUUUUAAUUAUUCAAAAAAGUCGCGUUAAUUUAAUCUGUUAAUCUCAUGUAUUUAGCAUGUCAGAAAUACAUGUACACGAAAUUGAAUAUUGCUCACUAAAUUGAAGUUAUAAGUUUAUUUAGAAGUAAACCAAAUGUGGGAAGAAAAGUUUUUAGAAUAUUUAGAAACUUUACUGGAAAAACUGUCAAACCAGCUGUUCACUUGUGAAAAAACUGAGAGAAUUAGAAGUGUUUUGAUAAAUGGGAAAAGUGAUUCAACGAGAUUCCGACAAUAUGUUAAGGAGAAGCAAUUCGCCUUGAUCAACUGAACAUUGGAGUACAGACGGAAUUUCCUUGCAUGCCGCAGCAAAACAAGCCAGUUUUUCUCUUGCAAGUAAGAGAUGCAAAUGUAAAGGAACAUGCCUGACAAAGACAUGCAAAUGUAAGAAAUCAGACGUUCCUUGUGGCAGCAAGUGUCACCCGGGCUGAGAGUGCCAAAACAGGAUUUCGAUAGACAAUUAAUUUCUGAACUAUUCAAUUCAAUUAAAUGUUCACUUGUUUACUUUAUUUAUCUAAUUGUAAUUAAUUAUUAAAUGUUAAUUUGUAAAACUCAAUAAAAGUUUGUUGAUAAUGUUUGUCUAAAAUAUACCCAUACAGUCUAAAUACCUGUAUGGUCCAGCUCGUACUAGCCCGUAUGAGUAUACUCGUACGGUCCGACCGUUCAAAUACUCGUACGGUCUGGAACAUACAUAUAAUUUUGUUUAUUGAUUGAGAAGAUUUUUAAAACACACAAACACUCUGUUAAUUUUUUUAGGGAUUAAAUAUUUUUUUUGUAUGUAAAUCCCCUUUCUGAUAAGAUUUUAUCUUAGAACCAAAUGAAGAUUCAGGGUGAGCACAUUUAUUGCACAGCUCCCUUAAAAAACACUGUACUUUAAUUCUAAGGAAAAUUACAACCAAUUUUGUUAUGUCACAAUAUGGUCUUCUUAAUCCUUAUUCCCAAGAGCUAAUUCCAUCAACAUCAAAGCCUGGGUCUGUGUUUGUAAAAGAAAAUGUUUUAAAUACAAAUCAGUAUUUUUCAUUAUGGCAUUAUCUUUACUUUCUACUCAUGUCUGUUAUAUUUGCACCUGAAGCUAAGCAUGUAAUCAGUAAUAUUGUACAAUUUAUCGCCACAAUACUUUUUUAGUGUUAGUUACAUACAUUUUAGAGAUAAGUCCAUAAUGUAUAGAUUUUCGGUCUUUAUUUUCUGACAUGGUUUAAGUUUUUGGUUGAGGUAGUUUUUGAUGAAGUUAAAGUCUAAUCAACUUGAAAAUAAUCACACACAUUCCUUAUGAUUAGAAUCUAAUUUUAAUGCCAAAUUAGAGAUUUUCCCCCAAUUUCACAAUCCGCUAAACAUGGAAAAUGAUAGUAUGGAUGGGGCAUCAUUGUACUAUGGACACAUUCUUGUUUUUAACUUAUUUUCCAUGCAUUCCUUGCUAUUCGCUCAAUAUGUAUGCCAGCUGAUACUUUUUAAUCAUUCCUAAAAUGAAUUUAUUCUAUUUUAUACUUGUAAAUAUUAAAAUUGUAUAUACAUUUUAUAUAGAAUAGUCAAUGGUGUUUUUAAUUCUAUUUAUAAUUUAUGUUUUAAUGAAAUGUGAUAUUUAAUAUCACGAACUAUUUGUACUAACUAUAUAUAUGUUUUCAUUUCUGUAGUCAUGGAUACACACAAAUAACUUUUAAUUAAUUUCAUUGUAUUAAAAGGCUUUGAUUAUGUAUACUAUAAUUAGAAGUAUUCAUUUAAAAAAGGAACGAGGGUCUGGAUAGGGGUCUGUUAUUCUGUAAACAUUUAAUUUUCAUCCCUUUUUUCUCUAAUCUUCAAAAAAUUAGACCACACAUUUCUCUAAUCUUCAUUUUAUUUGCCCAUUAUUCUCUUAUCUUCAGUUUUUAAGGGUUUUAUUCUUUAAUCAUUUAAUCCCAUCCAAACCCUACAGUAUAAGACUGCAUCAAUCCAUUAAUCCAUUAAUAAAUUUAUUAGGUCUGAGGAAAUGUUCUAUUUUUGUGAAUACUAAUAAUGUCAUAGUUAUAACAAAUAGUUUUAAAGCAAUUUUUUUAUUCUAAGCAAACACUUUGAAAAAUAUACUAUUACCAAGGCAAUAAAAUGAAUAUUCAUUAACUUUUUUUUAAGGUUUCCUUGAUUGACAUGAGAAAAGACAAAAUACCCAUAAUAGUGAAAUGAAAUAUAUGUCAUUUUUUAUAUUUAAUUCUAUGCUAUACAUAUGUAUAUAUAUAUAAGAUAUUGUCAUUUUUUUUAUACACUUAAUUUUUGACUCUUUAAUUUUACUUUUUAAGAUGUCUUUAUAUUAUCAAGAGAAAAUAAAUGAAUAAAUAUCUAA